GUAACAUAAGGCAUGUCUGAUCACAUUGCCAGCCGACUUUGUCUCAGCUACGUGGUAAUAUCCUCAUCAAGCUCCUUUUGCAGCUCACCUCCCCCUGCUGCACUACCCCUAAAUAACCACAUACACUCACACUUACUGACCCCCGGUGCUAAUAGAGCACUUCAAAGUAUGCUAAUAGACCCUUCACUUUUGUUUCACACACACACAUAGACCCUGUUAGGCCCCGCCCACUCUGUCAAUGUCUUUAAACUCAAGGUUGAGCCAAGCCAGGGGCAUUUUGUCAUUGUUUUUACCUGUUGGUCAACUGAGGUCCUGCGCACACAUUUACUGUUUGUACAGUACUUCACUCUGUAUUUUAUGGAGGUCUGCAGCUGAGGAUCAGGGCCACAUUACUUUAAAAGCCAGUGGACUCUAUCAACUCUACCUGGACUAAAGAUUCUUACAAUGGAGCAAAUUUCAGACCAGAGAACUUCUGCAUCAUGUGCAUCAACUUCAAUGGUUUAUCAAGCUGAGUCCUACCAACAGGGGAACAUGAGGAUGAAACUAGAAUAUUCAGAGCUCUGGAAAUCCUUUCAUGACAUUGGGACUGAAAUGGUCAUCACCAAAUCUGGCAGAAGGAUGUUUCCAUAUUGUAACGUGGGUGUGACUGGUCUUGUGCCCUACGCCAAGUAUGUCAUCAUGGUGGACAUGGUUCCAGUGGACAAUUCCAGGUACAAGUGGAAUAAUGAUCAGUGGGAGGUGGCCGGAAAAGCAGAGCCACAGCCUCCAUGUAGAACUUACAUUCAUCCAGAUUCUCCUGCUUUGGGUAGCCACUGGAUGAAGCAGCCCAUUUCUUUUCUCAAGCUGAAGCUCACUAACAACCCCCUGGACCAGAGAGGACAUAUCAUUCUACAUUCUAUGCAUCGCUACCAGCCUCGCUUCCAUGUAGUGCAAGCUGAUGAUCUUUAUAGCGUGCGAUGGAGUGUCUUCCAGACCUUUAAAUUCCCUGAAACUACCUUUACCGCAGUCACGGUCUACCAGAACACCAAGAUCACCAAGCUGAAGAUAGACCAUAACCCCUUUGCAAAGGGCUUCAGAGAAGAAGGAACCCAUGGCAAGAGGCACAGAGCUCAGAAAAGUCAGCUGUGUUCCGAGAGUUCAGCUAAGAAACUGAAAACUUCAGAUAAGGAGCCAGAAUUCAGAUGUUUCCAAGAUGUGCCAAGGCUUCCAUAUGACCCUCACAGGGAAGAUUCAGAAAACAUGCUUUCCAAAGAAGUGCAAAUGGCGCAGGAUGAGCACAUGUCCCCAUGGGGAGGAGAGCAGGACCCUGGCCAAAGUUUGCACAGUGAGGGAGCCAUGGAUUACACAAACUCAGAGCAGCUUGUUCCAGGACAGACCAACUACCAACCACAGAGAACUCAGGAGUUUGAGAGGAUGUCCUCACCUUCCUGCACAGAAGUGCAAACCAACUGCCAUGGUUUUGAGUCAAGAUCUGCUGACAUGGCCACUGUUCCUGAGCAGGAGCUCUCAAGACCUCAGCCACCCAUGAGUCUGGAUUCUUCUCAAAGUAAAUCUUUGGACUUCUCCAUGGCCACCAACAAAGCCAGACAAGGACUGCCUUUGUACAGUCACUAUAACAUGGAGCAGCCUUUAGGCCACUGGAGUGGAGCUUUACCAGGGCAGUACUCAAGUUCCACCUACCCUCAGCCACACCCGCAUCCACACACACAUCACCUGAUGUCAGAGCACAGCAUCCAUCCCUCUGGAUAUCACCACAGCAACAUGGCAGAGUGGAGUCAGUACUCUCUGUUCUCCUAUUCUUGCUGAGGAACUGGGCAGAAAAAGUAAAAUAAAAAAUAAAAAACAGCAGGAGAAAGUAAUAGAGACUUUUGAGAACUUUUUUUGUUUUCAUGCUUGAUUCAGACAUGAAAAACAGACUUGUACAUCACAGAAUAGAAGACUGGUUGGAAAAGCCUGGAGCAAACCACGUAAUGUGGCUGUGUGUGUUUAAAAAAAAAAAGAAACAUUGCUUAUGACUCAAAGUUAAUCUUGUAGUUAUUUUUUUUGCUAUGUGUUUCUAAAUAUUAUCAAUUAAAC